UCCCCGCCCCGGCCGCUCCGGCCGCCGGGGCCUCCCUCCUCCCCGCCCGCCCAUGGAUUUCACAUAGCAGCCGCCGCCUCCGCCGCCGCCUCCUCCUCCUCCUCCUCCUCCUCCGCCGCCGCCGCCGCUCCAUGGCGGCUCCGGCUCCGCGGCCGCCCGGCCUGUGCUGCUGCCGCAAGGGCUCCGCGGCCGGGCCGGAGGCACCGCCGGCCCCGCCGCCGCCUCCUGAGCCGCCGCCGGACGUGGCGUCGGCGUCCAGCUCGCAGCUCUUCAGCCUGAGGCACCUGCACCUGGGGCUGGAGCUGCGGCCCGAGACGCGGGCGCUGGCGGGCUGCCUGGUGCUGGAGCUCUGCGCGCUGCGCCCGCAGCCCCGCGCCCUGGUGCUGGACGUGCACCCGGCGCUGCGCGUCCUCUCGGCCGCUUUCCGCCGUGCCGCGGCCGGGGAAGCGCCCUGCGCCUUCGCCUUCUCGCCCGCCGAGGCCGCCGCCGCUCCGGCCCCGCCGCCCCCGCCGCCCUGCCCGCCGCCGCCGCCGCCCUGCGCGCCGCCCUGCGCCGCCAGCCCGCCCGCCACCGCCACCUUCCUCUCGGCGCCCUGCAUCGCCGCCGGACCGCUGCCCCCCGCCGCCCCCCCGGGGGACCCGCCCGCCGGCCCCCCGCCCGCCGCCGCCGAGCCGCCGCCGCCGCUGCCCCUCUUCGCCCAGGCACCCUGCUCCGCCUGCCCGCUCGGCUUCAGGGUGGACCCCUUCACCGACUACGGCUCGUCCCUCACCGUCUCCCUGCCCGCCGCCCUCCAGCCGCACCAGCCCUUCCAGAUCAUCGUCCGCUACACCACGGCCGACGGCCCCGCCAUCUGGUGGCUGGAUCCAGAGCUGACAUAUGGCAAUGCCAAGCCCUUUGUCUUCACCCAGGGACACUCAGUGUGUAACCGCUCCUUCUUCCCCUGCUUCGACACCCCUGCAGUGAAAUGCACCUACUCAGCUACUGUCAAGGCUCCAGCAGGCAUACAGGUGUUGAUGAGUGCCACCCAAAGCUCCUACCUAGAAGAGGAAGGUGUAUAUCAAUUUUACAUGGAAUAUCCAGUUCCUGCUUACCUAGUGGCCCUUGUGGCUGGAGACCUCAUACAUGCAGACAUAGGUCCAAGGAGCAGAGUGUGGGCAGAGCCUUGCCUGCUGCCAACAGCCAUCAGCAAACUUUCUGGCAUUGUGGAACGCUGGUUGACUGCUGCAGAGAGUCUGUAUGGCCCCUAUAUAUGGGGAAGAUAUGACAUUGUUUUUCUUCCUCCUUCCUUCCCUAUUGUUGCCAUGGAAAACCCAUGCUUGACCUUCAUCAUCUCUUCCAUUCUGGAGAGCGAUGAGUUUUUGAUCAUUGACGUCAUUCACGAAGUUGCCCACAGCUGGUUUGGGAACGCAGUCACCAACGCCACGUGGGAGGAGAUGUGGCUGAGCGAGGGCCUGGCCACCUACGCGCAGCGCCGCAUCACCACCGAGACCUACGGAGCUGCCUUCACAUGUUUGGAGACUGCAUUCCGCCUCGAUGCUCUCCACAGACAGAUGAAGCUCCUUGGAGAAGACAACCCGGUCAGCAAGCUUCAGGUUAAACUGGAGCCAGGUGUAAAUCCCAGUAAUUUAAUGAACCUCUUCACCUAUGAGAAAGGCUACUGCUUUGUUUACUACCUGUCCCAGCUCUGUGGUGACCCCAGACACUUUGACUCCUUCCUAAGAGCCUACAUUGAGAAGUAUAAAUUUACCAGUGUUGUGGCUCAAGAUCUUCUGGAUUCUUUCCUGAAUUUUUUUCCAGAACUGAAAGAGCAAUGUGUUGAGAGCAAAGCAGGACUGGAGUUUGAACGUUGGCUCAAUGCUACAGGACCUCCAUUAGCUGAGCCAGACUUAUCUCAGGGAUCCAGUCUGACCAGACCAGUGGAGACACUCUUCAAACUCUGGACCACAGAGCCUCUGGACUCUGUUGCUGCUGCCAGCAGUGUUGACCUCACUAAAUGGAGAACGUUCCAAACUGUGCUUUUCCUGGACAGAUUGCUGGAUGGAUCACCACUGCCACAUGAGGUGAUAAAAAAGCUCUCGGAAUGUUACUCCUCUCAGCUGGACUCCAUGAAUGCAGAAAUCCGUAUCCGCUGGCUGCAGAUUGUAGUCCGAAAUGACUAUUACCCAGACCUUUACAAAGUCCGUCGCUUCUUGGAAAACCAGAUGUCUCGGAUGUACACAAUUCCACUUUACGAGGACCUUUGCACUGGCACUCUCAAGUCUUUUGCCUUAGAAAUUUUUUACCAGACCCAAAACCAGCUGCACCCCAAUUUGCGGAAAACGAUCCAGCAGAUCUUAUCCCAGGGCUUGAAUCCACUUCCUGCCAUAGACACUACAGCAGUCACUACAGACACACCAGCAAUGGUGCUUGAGGACAAAGUCUCAGAGGCCACAAAUGGUGCCAUUUCACUCAGGGAUGUCAACGUGUCUGCUUAGAUCACCAGUUCAUGCCAGCCACGAAGCUUGAAAAUGGGGACAGGAACAGAGGAAAGAUACCAAGCGUUGCCUCCUUUCCCUCAGCCUUGCAGCUGCAGUGUGUUGUAACUGGAUUUCUCUCCCAAAACACAAAGCAAAUGUGCCUUCAAGUAUCCAGUGUGUAAUACUGCCAGGUUUCAGAGAUCUCCACCAGCUGUGUGAUGAAUAUUUUGAUUCAGUUUUUACUGGGCAGGGACUCCUGGGCUGUUGCUUCUCUAUGGAAAGUGGAUAGUUCCCUUUCCUGAGGCUCUUCUGGAUGGUUUCUUCAGAUUUGUUGUUUGGUGGGAGGGUGUUCUUUUUCUUCUUAUUUUUUCUUCUUGUCUGAGGCCACUGAGGCUGUGGAGUAUGUCCUACUUGCUGUGUGUAUGUUGCUGGGGAGUGUGUAUGUGUCAAGCUGUCAUUGUCCUAAUAUUUGGGCUAAAGUUCUGCAAAGGAGAGACUCAGGAAUUGUUAGUGGCAGCAAACAUGUUUUCAUGUUAUGCUCCUUCCUGUGACAGAGGUAUUGUGAUUUGGGAGGAAGGGGACUAAUGCUUAAAUGAGAAACUAAUUUUAAAUAGCUCCUGUUCCCCCCUGCCCAUAGGUGGCUAAAUAAUAAUAAUAAUGAUGCUCUUUAUAUAUAUUAAGAAAUAUAUAAAAAAGAACAGGGAAACAUUAUGAUGGAUUUGAAAUCCUUCUGCUAACCCUAACCUCAGUUUUCCCUUUGCACUCGAUGGGACAAGCAAUAAAGAAAUGUGUAGGCUUGAAUUUUCAAAGUUAAAAUUAGGUUCCCAAAUGCCUUCAAUUCUGGUACUAGCUGGAUGCCUAAAUCUUUUUAACUGUUUAGACAAGUCUAGCUGCAACCUUUGCUAGUGUGUCAGGAUGUGUGGCACAUGCAUCAGAUGCACUCUGUGUCUUCUAUUCUGUCCUUUUGGAGGGAUUACCAAGACCUGUAAUUUUUUUAAGAUCCCCAGCAUAUCUUGGCCUGUAGGUCAGCCAUGAAAAUAUCCAUGCAAAGAUUUUACUGCCUUGAAUAAUGUUUGCCUGAGUAACAGUGGCCCUGUCAUAUGAUAAUCUGAGGGAAGCACCAUCUUUCUUGAUGUGAAACUUUUAAGUCCCACUUUACCCAAGUCUGUUUUCUGACUUAUGGUGGGAGUAAGGUGCCAUUUCAUUUCCCUGGUGUGCUGUUUCUCUGGAUCACUGGUCAGCCAUGUAGGAUGGUAAGACACUGUGCUGUUUGGUCUCAGGAAGCCAAGGGUAAAGUGUCCUGGGGUAUUGCAGAGUACAGGUAAUGGUUCUUAGACUCUGUGCCACAAAAUUUUUAACAUGUGGGUACCUGUGUGCUCUCUGUGAGCUCCCACAAGGCAUCUCUGAGCUGAUGCAUCACCAGGAUAGUAUGAACAAAAGGCAAAACAUUUGGAAAAGACUCGGCUAACAGAGAUGUGAGAGAGAAAUUGUUUUAUACUCCAGGGCAAAUUUUAGUCCUGCUAUGGGGAUCUGCAUAGACAGGAAGAGGAGGAAAUUUGGGAGGGCUUUGUUUUCUUCACCAAAAGUAUCUGUUUACACCCAUGUGUGAAUGAGGACUUAGGUGCUGUUACUGGAUCUGCAUUUUCUGGCUUUAAAUUAAUUUGGAUUUCACCAUAGCCUUAGCCUGGGCUGAACUGGGAUAAAGCAAUAAUAAACUCAGGCCUCUGUAGUGCUUCAUUAGUUUUAAAAAUGGGCCAUCAGCAAUUUUGGGCUACAGAACUUCAAGCUCUGCUCUUUGCUCCUUGAAUGGGAUUAUCUUUUAAAUUCUGUUUUGUUUUCCCAGAAAGGAUGGAGAAUGAUGUUUUCUACACAAAUCUCUUUCCUUUUCAUUUGUUGUUCUAUUGAAAGAGAUUUGUACAAGCUGACUUUACACUUCUGGAGCUGCCGCUGUUGGUGCUGCGUCUCCUGGGCCCCACUGCCAGCAGCGGCAGCCUGGUCGAGACCAGGAACCACUAGAGUUUUUUGGAAUCACGGGCCUCUGUUCUAACAUAUUUUAUUUAGUGGGAGAAUGUUUGUGACCCUGGUGGGAAUUUUUCAUUUACAUGGAUGCCUUAUGAUGAUUGUCAAAUUAAACUAAGCUUUGUGACAAGUUCAGCCUUUUGGGCAGUUUUUUGGUGUCCCUGCUGUAGCUGUGUGGAAGAGCUAACUUGGUACAUUGUCUUUGUUUUGUUCUUUCCUGGGGUGCAGCAUAGAGGGAGUUUGGAAGCUCUUUCAAAGCUACACAGGAAGGUGCUGGAGAGGUGGCAAAAGCAAACAAUCAAAAAUAAAUAUUAUCUAUUGUUACUAGAACUGACUGAAAUA